CCUCGUGCUGAAUGAAUGAGCGCGCUUCCGGGCGCGUGACGUCCCCGUUGGUGACGUUCUGCCGUGACGUCACCGCGCCACGUGACCGCCAGAGAAUCAAGAUGGCGUCUUCCGAGGCGCCACGCGAGCCGGGGCUGGAUGUCCCGGCUGCGCCGGAAGUCACUGAAAUCGCAGUGGCUUCGGCAUCGGAUGGGGAGGAGAGCCAGGAGGACAGCACUGGCCAGGAGGUGGUCUUGCCAGAAACGGAGAUGAAACACCCGCUUGAGAACCGGUGGGCGUUAUGGUUUUUCAAAAACGACAAAACGAAAAGUUGGCAGGCGAACUUGCGCCUCAUCUCCAAGGUGGACACGGUGGAGGACUUCUGGGCGCUGUACAACCACAUUCAGGUGGCGAGCCACCUGCUGUCAGGCUGCGAUUACUCCCUCUUCAAGGAUGGGAUAGAGCCCAUGUGGGAGGACGAGCAGAACAAGCGCGGGGGCCGGUGGCUCGUCACGCUUAGCAAGGGCCAGCGCCACUCGGACCUCGACCGCGUCUGGCUAGAGACGCUCCUGUGUCUGAUCGGCGAGGCAUUUGACGACCACAGCGAUAACGUGUGCGGCGCCGUGGUGAACAUCCGCGGCAAAGGAGACAAGAUCGCGGUGUGGACGCGCGACUGUGACGACCGCGAGGGCAUCAUGACCAUCGGGAAGGUCUACAAGGAGCGGCUGGGGCUGCCUGGCAAGGUGCACCUGGGUUACGAGUCCCACUCAGACACGGCCACCAAGAGCGGCUCCACCACUAAGAGCAUGUUCACCGUGUGAGCCCCAUGGAGCCACAUGGAGCCUGCCGCACACCCCACGGCAGUGGCCCUGGGGCGGAGCGCCGGAACGGACUCGGCCACGGAUCCAGUCACGUUGGGGGGCGAGGUGGCUGCGGUGGGGGGGACACGGGA